AUGAACUUAACUGAAUUACUCAAAACAGUAUGCAAGAGAUUCGGCUACAAGGAUAACUACAAGAACGCUAAACUCUACAAUAAGAAUGGAAUUCAACUGUUCCAAGAUGAUCUCAUGCUUAUUGGAGGAGGAGAUGUCCUUUAUCUAGCACUAAAGGGCGAGGAUUUUAGUUACAGCGCGAUUCUAGAUGAUUAUUAAAUUGUGAGAGAAUUAGGAGUUGGAGGUUUUGGCAAGGUCAUGCUAGUAUCAUCUGCAAGCACAAUAUAGGAGAUAUACAGAGAAGCAGAAUCAUUAAAAAAGCUCAACCAUAAGAAUAUCAUUGCAUUAUACCACGCAUUUUUGGAAGGGAAGCAAUUGUGCAUGAUCAUGGAAUAUGCUGCAGGUGGUGAAUUAUACAAGUAUGUCGAGGAUAAGACUAGAAUAGGUGAAAUCGAGUCUCGCAGAAUUAUUUAGCAGAUUAUCAAUGCUAUGUCAUAUUGCCAUAAUAGAGGAAUCGUUCAUCGUGAUUUAAAAUUAGAAAAUGUAUUAUUCAAGCAAGAAGGAGAUCUUCUCGUGAAAGUUGUCGAUUUUGGUAUUGCUGGAGUAUGCGCUGGUGCAAAAAAAGAUAAAGUUGAUGCUGGUUCUAUCGCUUACAUGCCUCCAGAGACAUUUAAGAGCUAGGCUUAAACAUCUCCUGCUAUUGAUGUAUGGGCUAUAGGAGUGAUGCUGUAUGCAAUGCUAUAUGGACAUUUACCCUUUUGGGGGGAUAGUGAAGAAGAGUUCAUUGAUAAAAUCAUAAAUGCACCUCUGAGGUUCGAUGCAGAUGUACCUGUUACUCCUGAAUGCAGAGAGAUGAUUAGAGGUAUGCUAUAAAAAGAUCCUGAAAAAAGACUGUAGCUCAUCGAUGUGAUGAACCUCAACUACUACAUCCUUGACGAUGAGGAUUUAGAAGAAAAUAUUCAAAAGGCCUAUGCUCAUGUUGAGGAACUAAAGGUUAAAGAAGAGGAGAAGGCAGAGAAGCAAUGGGAAUCAGAUAUUUUAUCUGGUCUACAUUUAAAUCAUAAUUCCUCAAGCGGAACAGGUUCUAAUAAAUCAAACAGCAAGACUCCUGGGAGCAAAGUAUCUGGUGCCGGGAGCGGAAUAAAAGAUUUCAAUAAAACACCAAUAAGCAAUAAAAGCGCACAAGGAACGUCCUUUGGAAGCUCAAUAAAGAAUAAGAAGGCAAGUCAGCCAAUGCCUUCUAAGGGGGCAAAUGAUAUUAAAAGGAAGUGA